AGAAAUGAAGAAGUUCCAAACGGUGAAACCUAACAACCGCAGCAAAGAGCAUUUGAGAAGAUCACAGAUCACAUACAUAAACCAUUCAGAUAAGAUCAAUUUGCCCAAUUCACACCCACAUCACAUCUUUCUCCACACGCAACUAGUAUUUGAAGACGCAACAAUCUUUCCCGUUUCACCGGAGAAGGGAAUAUGGAAUCAAAUUCAGGUGCCAACGACCGAAUUGCCAGAAUCGCCGGCCACCUCCGCCCUCAGGCAGAGGGUGAUGUUUGUCUGAGGCGUAGCCAUUGCCGUGCCAAAGGUGGAGCCCCCGGAUUCCACGUUGCAAUAUUGGGUGCCGCAGGAGGCAUAGGACAACCUCUGGCGAUGUUGAUGAAGAUGAACCCACUCGUUUCAGUUCUCCACCUCUAUGAUGUUGUCAACACCCCUGGGGUCACCGCUGAUAUAAGUCACAUGGACUCUGGCGCUGUUGUUCAAGGGUUUUUAGGGCAGCAGCAGCUUGAGGAUGCACUUAUAGGCAUGGACUUGGUUAUCAUCCCUGCUGGUGUUCCACGAAAACCUGGAAUGACAAGAGAUGAUCUCUUCAAUAUAAAUGCUGGAAUUGUUAAAACGCUGUGUGAAGCAAUUGCAAAGUGCUGUCCUAAGGCAAUUGUGAACUUGAUAAGCAAUCCAGUUAACUCCACAGUCCCCAUUGCAGCUGAAGUUUUCAAAAGAGCCGGUACUUAUGAUCCCAAGAAACUUUUGGGAGUCACAAUGCUUGACGUUGUUAGAGCCAAUACGUUUGUGGCAGAAGUUUUAGGUGUAGAUCCAAGGGAUGUGGAUGUCCCAGUUGUUGGGGGACAUGCUGGAAUCACAAUUUUACCUCUUCUUUCUCAGGUUAAACCUCCUUUCUCUUUCACCCCAAAAGAGAUUGAGUACCUGAGUGAUCGCAUACAAAAUGGUGGAACUGAAGUUGUUGAGGCCAAAGCUGGAGCCGGUUCUGCAACACUCUCAAUGGCAUAUGCUGCAGUUAAAUUUGCAGAUGCAUGCCUUCAUGCCCUGAGAGGAGAUGCUGGCAUCAUUCAAUGUGCAUAUGUUGCUUCGCAGGUGACUGAACUCCCAUUCUUUGCAUCAAAAGUACGACUUGGCCGAGGUGGGGUUGAGGAAAUCCUUCCUCUUGGUCCCCUGAAUGAUUCUGAGAGGGAGGGUUUGGAAAAGGCCAAGAAAGAGUUAUCAGCAAGCAUUGAGAAGGGCAUUUCUUUCAUCAGAAAAUGAAUAGUUGAUGAUAGUACCUCCUGAAAAUAAAUGGUGCGGGUGCUGUGUCCAUUGUGAGAUCACAAAUUUUGAAUUAGUUAUGUGAUAUGUAUGAAUCUGUUUCGAACUCUAAUAAAAGGAUAGUAUUCUAUAUAUCAUCAAACCACAAAUUGUGUCCUAGAAACAUGUAAUAAUUGGAACACCGAAUUCCAAUUAUUAUUCCAUUACAAGUGAUUCCCACAGUUUGAAUCUAUUAAAAAUAAUCCAGAGAUGUUUUCUGUA